CUCUAAUUUCAUGAAGUGGUCCAUUCCUGCCUUUCUUUAUUUCCUGGAUAAUUUGAUUGUCUUCUAUGUCCUUUCCUAUCUUCAGCCUUUUCUCAUUGCCUCACUGGCCUUCCUGAGGUUUGAGCAGAAUCAUCUGAGCACUGACUUACCAAUCCACUUGCAAGACUCUCCCGCUGUGAAAGAUAACUAUUAAACUGUGCUGACUGAUCGGUGGGAGCUGCUUCCUGACCACUGAAUCUAGAGCCAUCUCUCUCUGUGUAACCUUAACCAGUCUGCCUAUUUUCUGAGCCAUCCUGUGGUCACCCACCUCUAAUAUUAAUCUCAACAUUCAGGACCUCCAAGCAGACUCCCGUGAUUAACUCAGAAAAUUAUACGCUCAGUGUACCGCUCUUUCUUACACUUGUUUUAAUGUGGUGUAUAUGUAUUCUUUUGGUAUGAUUUUCGUUUUCUGUUAGUCCUGUCAUUUAACCAAGUUCUUUAAGGGUAGAGGUUAUAUCCUCCCAAUCUAAAUGCUAUCCAUAACUGAUAAUACUAGGUAUACUUCUCAUGUCUCCUGGCAUCCCCUAUGCCAAUUUAGAGAGCUGUUAGUAAUCAGAAUUAAAGUUUCGUCUUCUGCUUUUACCUAUUACUCAGUUUGGAUCACGUGUAUAUUUUCCCCUCUAUAUUUUCAGUUUAUAAAAUGAAGGUUUCUAUUGCCACAUUUAAGAAAAUGUGUUUUAAUUUUCUUUAAAGAGAAACUUCAGGCAUUUUGAUCAUAAAUAGAAUUUCUGUUGACACUAGUCCUCUAUUUGAAACCUCUUAAGUAUAGCCAAAUCAGUGUGAAAGUGGGAUGAAAAGGAGGGAUCAAGAGGGCACUGAGGUAGAAAACAGGAGUUUGAUUCUUUUGCACAAUUUAAAAGAUUAGAACCAGGCAAGGCCAAACUGCUCUGUAAAAUAGAAUAGUGUUACCAUACUGGCCCAAAGGCAAGGACCUGGGCCAGGGGAUCACCUGAAGUUGCUUUCAGCUCUGUGAUCCAUUUUAUUAGUAAAAGUUCAUUCCAUUUAAAAUGUGUCCUCUCCUAAAUUCUUUCACUUUGUUUUUCAGAUCUGAGAAUUCCUCCCAACAACAUAAUUAUUCACAUUCAAUGAAGUGUAUAUUUGUUGUGUUUUAUUUGUAUCCAACAGACUAGCUCUAAAUUUAUAUCCCUUUGCUAAAUCCCUAGUACCAAAGCAGGAGUGCAACUUCCUGUUCUUACAGCUUAUUGCUUUGCUCUUCCUUCCUGAUUGUGUACAACCACAGAUAUUACAAAAUAAAUUACUUGGCAUACAUAUUCUGUGUAGUGCUAUGCCCAAGCCUAGUUGGAAAGGAUUAAGUAGAGAUGCAUGGAAGUUUGGGGGCAAAGAGCUGUGAUAUUUUAUUUAUUCUAUACUAUUGCCUGGACAGAGUAGACACAAUUCCCCAGGCCAGCAGGCUGUUCUGUUAGGUACAUACAUUUGCAGCGCUGUAACUGUGAUUGAUCAGAGCCGCCACUUCCCCACUCUUAACCAGCCACGUACUUUUCUUAUCUCCUCUUACUUGUCUCCUAACCAGGGGUUCACAAGCAUUCGUCUGCAAAGAAAACCUUAAAAUAAUGGUUCCCAUAAAAAUUCAGUAGAAAAAGAGCAAUAUUGUAUUCUUGGAAUUUUUGCUAGUUGUUAUUGGAUUUUACUCUUAUUUCUUUAAUUCAGCUGCAUAUUAGUCGUGUUUGCUGGUUGUAUAAGAUUGUGGAUACUCUUUAGGGUUUGGUCAAUUUAAAGUGACAGCAAGGAGGAAGGCAGUAGGAUUUGUUUUUAGAAAUUAUUAAUAUUGUCAGAUCCAAUUAUGGGGGCAGUGAUAAAUUUCAUAUUCUCUGGGCCAAAAUGUAUAUAUGUUCAGAUUAAUAUUCUCAUGUGUGAAAUUUGACUAAAUUCACAAAAACAAACCUUAAUAAAACCUGGCUAACACCUUUCUAAGUGUUUAGAACAAUGUGAAUAAAUCCAAAGGACUGUCAAAUAUAAGUUUGGUAGUGAAUCACUGGUAUUGAAUCACUACAGUUCAACCAGGUAAAUUGAUUUAAUUCCUAGAGCGUUAAAAAUGCUUAAAAACCUAUACCUCUGUCUUCUUAAUGUAUAAAUGGGCCUAACAGUACUUGCUUUCUCUCUACCCACAGAAUCAGUGUUAAAAGUCUCUGAGAGCUUGAAAAAGUAUGCUUUAUAAUCAUUGUAACCAUUAUUUCUGGACCUAAACCUAUAGAAUUUAUAAGUAUUUCCAGAUCUGCACAUAAAGAUUAUUAUACAGGCGUUUGCUGAAUUUCAACACAUUUUCAAAGCCUGUACAAUAAUUUGAUCGUAUCUAUGUAAGUUUAACGAGCAAUAAAAAUAGAAUUUAAUCCUCUAGUGAAGUAGCUGCCCUAAUAACCCCUCUGGGUUUUGACCAAAAAGCUUUUUUUGUCAGGUGAACUUGCACCAAGCUGGGAGAUUUCUGAGGUCAGUGCUUUGCUUGGAUUGUAACUCUAUCUUCUCUUUCUUUCUAGGCCAUGGCUCUUAUCUUCUCAAAUUUUAGCAUUAUAACAACAGCUCUUCUAUUCAGGAUAGUGCUGAAGAGGCAUCUAAACUGGAUACAGUGGGCUUCCCUCCUGAUUUUAUUUUUGUCUAUUGUGGCCCUCACUUCUGGGACUGAGACCUCACAGCAUAACCUGGCAGGACAUGGAUUUCAUCACGAUGCCUUCUUCAGCCCAUCCAAUUCCUGUCUUCUUUUCAGAAGUGAGUGCUCCAGAAAAGACAACUGCACAGCAAAGGAGUGGACUUUUUCUGAAGCUCAGUGGAACACCACGGCCAGGGUUUUCAGUCAUAUCCGUCUUGGCUUGGGCCAUGUUCUUAUUAUAGUCCAGUGUUUUAUUUCUUCGAUGGCCAAUAUCUAUAAUGAAAAGAUACUGAAGGAAGGGAACCAGCUCACUGAAAGCAUCUUCGUACAGAACAGCAAACUCUAUUUCUUUGGCAUUCUUUUUAAUGGGCUGACACUGGGCCUUCAGAGCAGUAACCGUGAUCAGGUUAAGAACUGUGGGUUUUUUUAUGGCCACAAUGCAUUUUCAGUAGCCCUUAUUUUUGUAACUGCAUUCCAGGGCCUCUCGGUGGCCUUUAUUCUGAAGUUCCUGGAUAACAUGUUCCAUGUCUUGAUGGCCCAGGUCACCACUGUCGUCAUCACAACGGUGUCUGUCUUGGUCUUUGACUUCAGGCCCUCCCUGGAGUUUUUCUUAGAAGCCCCAUCAGUUCUUCUCUCCAUAUUUAUUUAUAAUGCCAGCAAGCCUCAAGGUCUGGAAUAUGCACCUAGGCAAGAAAGGAUCCGAGAUCUAAGUGGCAGUCUUUGGGAGCGCUCCAGUGGGGAUGGAGAAGAACUGGAGAGACUUACCAAACCCAAGAGUGAUAUUGAAUCAGAUGAAGAUACUUUCUAACUGGUACCCAAAUAGUUGGCAGCUCUCACAAACCUUAUCUUCACAUUUUCAGCAUGUGUGAUAUUUAUCUUUCCACUUUGAUAAACCAAGAACAUUUCUAAAGCAUAAAACUCUUUGCAUAUAUCUAACCGCUCCCUAAAUAACUCCAACCAAAGCUUAGAGUACCCAAAGGCUAAAAAGUUCUAAGGAACUGACAUCAGAAUAAUAGUAUGGAGACUGCAGUAAUGGCCUGGUACUUAGUAGGUCAAGAUAUAUUUGCAGAUUAUUUUCCUUGUUCCUCCAUUCCAGAAAACUUGUAAUAAUCAUGUUAGCUGUACCCUAUAAAUAUACAUAUAGAGAUCAGUUUGCCAGAUAUUCAGAAUUGUGUACUUCUACUCUGCAUGCCAUAGUCUUCCCUUUUUUAUCAUUAUAAAUAUCACCUAGGUUGACCCUUGAAUUUUGAGGCCAUGGAGAUAGUCAUUUUGUAACUAAAAAGCAAUGAGUCUCUAAAAAUUUGGUUGAAGGACGUUAAUAACCAGCCACAACAUUGAUUUGAGAGUAUUGUAGUCGGUGCUAAAUGUUUUGACAAACAAAUUUUUCAACAAAAAUCUCAGAAUUUUAAUUUUUAGGAAUUUGUAGGAAAUCUUAUUUUUAGUGGUUGUCUUUUGAUGUUUUUCUACACAAAUAAGCUUCAAUUUAGGUGAAAGUUGGUUUCCAGUCCCCACAGUUAUCACUUGUAUUUUUCACUUAAACCAGCCAUGGUGGGUUUUUUCUCCUCAGUUUGACCACAUCACUCUUGGAUUAUUCUAUUUUGGAGACCUAAUAAGCCACUUUUAUUAGUUAUUAAAUAGAACUUAUGACUAUUAUAUAUCUUUAUAUCAUAUUCUGUUCCUAAAGUUUGAGACACUGGCUUCAGAAUCAUGCCAGGUUAUCAGUAGACUAUUGCUGAAGAGUUCUUUUAAAAGAGUCACUUUGCAAACAAAUGACUUUUACUGAAAUAUGAAUAGUAUUACUCUAAAAAGAGGAAGGCCAGUAAUAAAUAAAGCACUUUAUAGUAACCAUAUUUCACCCUUAAACUGCAUGGUAUUUUUUGAGGUAUUUUUGCAUGCAUCCAGUUGAGUCUAUGAGGUAGAGAAGUCAGGUGAUAGAUAAUUUAAAAAUGAGAAAACAAAUGGCUUGCCCAAGGCCAUAUAGCUGGAUGGUGAUAGGACAAGUGUUGGUUUCAGCUAAUAGGCCUGUGUGUUUAUAGAGCACUACACUGUAAGUGUGAGCUUUAAGUUGUCGUUUUCAUGCAGUCUGUACAUCUCUUCUUUCCCCUAAUUUUCAUACAGAUAAAUAUAAGAUAAUACUAUUACAUAAUCCAUCUGUGAUAUCCAGAACAAUAUGAAUGGCAAGAGUUGGUGGAAAUUUAUAAAUAAAAUAACUAUUAAACCCU